ACGGCAGGGCUCUGGUGGUGAACGGCACGAGGAGGAUGCUCUUCUCCGGGGAGAUACACUACACCAGAAGCACCCCCGAGAUGUGGCCAAAACUAAUAGCGAAAGCCAGGAGAGGUGGCCUCGAUGUGAUCCAAACGUACGUCUUUUGGAAUGUCCAUGAGCCUGUGCAGGGCCAGUAUAACUUUGAGGGGAGAUACGAUAUUGUUAAGUUCAUCAGAGAGAUUCAAGCUCAAGGACUCUAUGUAAGCCUCAGGAUUGGUCCAUUCAUAGAGGCAGAAUGGAAGUAUGGAGGAUUUCCAUUUUGGCUACAUGAUGUUCCAAACAUUACCUUCCGAACUGACAAUGAACCAUUCAAGCAACAUAUGCAAAGAUUUGUCACUCAGAUAGUAAACAUGAUGAAACAUGAAGGACUUUAUUACCCGCAGGGAGGCCCGAUCGUCAUUUCUCAGAUCGAGAAUGAGUACCAGAUGGUUGAGCCUGCAUUUGGCCCCAGUGGCCAAAGUUACGUCCGUUGGGCAGCUCAAAUGGCUGUAGGUCUCCAGACAGGUGUUCCAUGGAUGAUGUGCAAGCAGGAUGAUGCCCCAGACCCAAUUAUUAAUACCUGCAAUGGGCUCAUCUGCGGAGAAACAUUCGCUGGACCAAACUCACCUAGCAAGCCUGCAUUAUGGACAGAAAAUUGGACAACACGCUACCCUAUAUAUGGCAAUGAUACAAAACUUAGAUCUACAGAAGAUAUUGCCUUUGCAGUUGCACUCUUUAUAGCAAGAAAGAGGGGAAGCUUUGUGAGCUACUACAUGUACCAUGGAGGAACAAACUUUGGGAGGUCUGCCUCUUCAUAUGUAACAACAAGCUACUAUGAUGGAGCUCCUCUUGAUGAAUAUGGUCUUAUAUGGCGACCUACAUGGGGUCAUCUCAGGGAACUGCAUGCCGCAAUGAAACAGUCCUCAGAACCAUUGCUGUUUGGAAGAUACUCCAAUUUUUCAUUAGGUCAAGAACAAGAGGCACAUGUCUUUGAAACAGAAUUGAAAUGUGUGGCUUUCCUGGUCAACUUCGAUAAGCAUCAGACACCAACAGUAGUAUUCCGUAAUAUAUCUUUCCAACUGGCACCCAAAUCCAUCAGUAUUGUAUCAGAUUGCAGGACAACGGUCUUCGAAACAGCCAAGGUAAAUGCUCAGCGUGGGUCAAGAACUGCUGAAGUUGUACAGUCGCUCAGUGAUAUUCAUACUUGGAAGGCAUUCAAAGAACCAAUUCCUCAAGAUAUAAGCAAAGCUGCAUACACUGGAGACCAGCUCUUUGAACAUCUCUCAACAACUAAAGAUGAGACAGAUUACCUUUGGUACAUCGUCAGCUAUGAAUAUAGGCAGAGUGAUGAUAGCCAGCUCGUGCUUCUUAAUGUUGAGUCCCGAGCACAUAUAUUGCAUGCUUUUGUCAACAGGGAAUUUGUAGGGAGUGUGCAUGGGAGUCAUGAGACACGUGGCAACAUAAUUCUCAACGCGAAUAUUUCUCUAAAGGAGGGGCAGAACACCAUAGCAUUACUCAGUGUAAUGGUUGGAUCACCGGACUCUGGUGCUCACAUGGAAAAUAGAAGCUUUGGAAUCCGUAAAGUGAGCAUACAACAAGGACAACAACCACUACAUUUCCUCGACAACGAGUUAUGGGGAUACCAGGUUGGCUUAUUUGGAGAAGGGAAUAGGAUAUACACGCAAGAAGGGUCAUACAGUGUUGAAUGGAGAGAUAUCUACAAUUUGGCAUACCUUCCCCUUACUUGGUACCAGACAACAUUUGCCACACCAAUGAGCGAUGAUGCAGUGACACUGAACCUAACGAGUAUGGGAAAGGGUGAAGUGUGGGUCAACGGGGAGAGCAUCGGCCGUUAUUGGGUCUCAUUCAAGACCCCGAGUGGGCAACCUUCUCAAUCCCUGUAUCACAUACCCCAACACUUUCUGAAACCCAGAGACAACCUCCUUGUUCUUGUUGAGGAAAUGGGAGGCGACCCGCUACAUAUAACAGUGAACACAGUGUCCAUCACAACAGUGUGCAGUAACGUAAAUGAGCUUUCGGCUCCGGGUCUCCAUACUCAAGGAAGGCAUCCAGAAGUACGUCUACGGUGCCAAAGGGGCAAGCACAUCUCAGCAAUUGAGUUUGCAAGUUACGGGAAUCCUGCAGGAGACUGCACAGCAUUUUCCAUUGGAAGCUGCCAUGCUGAAUCGUCGAAAUCUGUCGUAGAACAGGCUUGCAUAGGCAAGAGGGGUUGCUCUAUUCCAGUAUCCCCUGCCAAGUUUGGUGGCAAUCCAUGCCCUGGAAUCCAAAAAUCCCUUGCAGUCGUGGCAAAUUGCAGAUGAUACCACACACUGAAGGAAAGAAGGU